AUGGGCAGCCAAUCGUCCGGAGAUCUCGCCACUGCCCUCUCCCAGCCGCGACGACACAUCGUCAAAGCCUGCGAGGGCUGCCGCCAGCAAAAGAUCAAAUGUAACGGACAGUCGCCGUGCGAGCGCUGCGCCCGGCUAUCGCUGCCCUGUACAGUCCGGACUGUGGCACGACAGCGCCGGCAGAAGAUCCAGCAGAGACGGCUGCGUGAGGAUGACUUCGAUAUCAUCCGGACGGCGAUGCGGCCGGUGCGGAUCACAGACCGCGUGACGGGGCGCUCAGCGGUGUAUGGGCCGACGUCGACGGUCGCGCUGCUGCAUCUGCUUGCGGCCAAGGCGAACCGCGACGACUUUUCUAUUUCCAUCGAGGUCAGUAGCAGCUGCCUCCUGGCUACCGAGUCCGACUUCCUGUCGAUGACGCCGCUGAAACUGAACGCGUUGGCAUAUCAGCCGUAUACGAUCUCGCCUACGCUUGGCCUGUCUCUCGCUCCGCCGCUAUGUCUUACGACCAUCCCGAACCAGCUGCUGCAGUUCUUUCUCAAUCGGUAUGUUGGCACGGCGUGGUCGAUUCUCCCGAUGCAGUCGCCUGCCCAGCUGGGCGCGCUUUUUGCCUCGGCUUGCGCGGCCUUCAGCCAUAAUACGCCCCCGCCGACGUUAUAUCCCAUCUUGCUUUAUCAGCUGGCGAUGGGCUCGUUGGCAACCGCGCAGGAAGAGCUGUCGGAUAUGCUGGUCCAGGAAAGCGAUAUGUUUCUCUCGGCUGGAUCGAACCUCGCAGAUACCCUGGACCUCCAGAUGAAUAUCCUCAUGAUAAUAUACAUCCAGUACUACCGAGAAAUCGGCAACUUCGACAGAGCAUACGCGCUCCUAGGCCCGACGGCCAGCAAAAUCUACGCAGCGGGCUUCCACCUCGAGCCGCGCGCCCCGGAAGUCGAAAAGCUGAUUCGGAUUCUCGUCGGGGUGGAGGGGUUCAUCUGCAUCUCCCUCGGCCGACCCCCAAUCCUAAGCCCCGGCAUCGACGUCUCACACGACAACGAGUCGACCGACUCGAAAUACUUCACGGGCCUCUUCGCCAUCGUCUGCCCCUCCCUCCGCGCGCAGAAUAAUCCCAGCACCAGCUUCGACGAGCUCUGGCACUCCAUCUGGACGACGCAGGCGAAGCUCAAGGCGUACUGGGAGGAGUAUGAGGCGCUCCUGCGCAUGGAGCAGACGGAGCCGCAUCGCCCGUGGGAUACGGAAGAUACAAUGCGGUUGAAUGUUGUUUUAUAUGAAUAUACCGUCCUCACGAAUAUGAAGCCGCUGCUUUUGUAUAUGGGGCACCAGAACUCCGCGCUGAAUCGAGCUGCGUCGCCGGCGUCGCAGGCUUCGAGUUCUGGAGGUGGAAUGGGUAUGGGUAUGGGCAUGGGGACGGGCAUGCGGCAGGCGCUCACAAUGACGCCCUCGACCUCGAAUCCCCGCCAACCCCCAAGCAGGACGACAAAUGAAAACGCGAAACUGGUAUCCGCGAGCGAGUGUAUCCUGGCAUCCGCGAAGAAAAUCAUCUCGACGAUCUCGGAGCUCCGGCAGGGUUGUUCGGGCGCGAAGGAUCUCCCCAUGCACUCCUUCUUCCUCGAAGCAGCCUGCACUUCGCUAAUUGCAUACGGCGCCUGGCAUAAUAACGUCUCUGCCGUCUGGGAGAGCAUUGAGUUGGGCGUGCGGUGUAUGGAGGAAUUGCAGUAUCAGCGUGUUGCGGCGCAGAGGCUUGCGGCUGUCAGGACGGCGAUUGAUCAGGCGGGGCUGAGGAGGGUAGAGACUAGGUUACACCUAGGUAGUGCGUAG